AUGCUGUCGGACGUGGUACAAAGGCCUGGGCCCUGUAAGCAGUGUAUGAUCGUUGGGGACUUCAACAUUUAUGACCCGCUCUGGGCGGGCCACCAGCCGAGGCCCGAACCACGCGGGAACACUGAGAAGGAAGAGCAGCUGAAGUCGGUCAGCGAACAGCACCCGCUUGAGGGGUCACACUAG